CUGCAAAGUUCAUUGGGGACUCUCACUCUGUUCUCCUUCUAAGAAGGAUCUUUCUGUUUUUUAGCAGUGAAAGAAGCUAGUCUGUCCUUUCUGGUUUUCCGUUAAACCACGCUGGUUUCAAGUUUCAGCUCCUCCUUGAAUUCCAGCCUGCUGAGACUUCUCUCUAGAAUCAUCCAAAAUGGAGCCUCUUACAGCUUACCCAUUAAAAUGUACCGGGCCCAAAGCAAAGGUAUUUGCAGUUUUGCUGUCGAUGGUUCUAUGCACAGUAAUGCUGUUUCUUCUACAACUAAAAUUCCUAAAACCUAAAAUCAACAGCUUUUAUGCCUUUGAAGUAAAGGAUGCAAAAGGAAGGACCGUUUCUCUGGAAAAGUUUAAAGGCAAAGUUUCACUAGUUGUAAACGUGGCUAGUGACUGCCAGCUCACAGACAGAAAUUACUUAGCACUGAAGGAACUGCACAAAGAGUUUGGACCGUCGCACUUCAGCGUGUUGGCUUUUCCAUGCAAUCAGUUUGGAGACUCGGAGCCCCGCCCCAGCAAGGAAGUAGAAUCUUUUGCAAGAAAAAACUACGGAGUAACAUUCCCCAUCUUCCACAAGAUUAAGAUUCUAGGAUCUGACGCAGAACCUGCAUUUAAAUUUCUUGUUGAUUCUUCAAAGAAAGAACCAAGGUGGAAUUUUUGGAAGUAUCUGGUCAACCCUGAGGGUCAAGUUGUGAAGUUCUGGAGGCCAGAGGAGCCCAUUGAAGUCAUCAAGCCUGACAUAGCAGCUCUGGUUAGACAAAUGAUCAUUAAAAAGAAGGAAGAUCUAUGAAAAUGCCAUUGAGCCAUUCUAAUGCAAUAGUCAGAACAGAGAAAAUCUCCGUGAGGGUUUGGGCUCAUUUUAACACUCUGACAAUCAAAUAUGGCAAUGAAGGAUGACUUUUUUUAUGUUAUCUUGCUGGUCGGUGGUAAUGAAUGUCCCUAGGAUGAAGAUGUUACCCAAAGAAAAAUAAAGAGCAGCCAAAGAAUCAAAAUGAAAUAUAUAAAAUACCAUACUAAAAAAUUCAGAAUACACAGUGAUCAAUGUGCUUCAAUAGCAUAUUGCUCAACUUGACAUUUUCUCAGAUUGUACUUGAUGCAAACACCAACACACUAGACCACUGUUUGGCUUCAAAAGCACUGUGUGUGACUGAAAUUUUUGGAGUAACUAACUAUAAAUGAAUAUGUUGAUAUAAUACACACAAAAUAAAUGUUGAAAAAUGUAAAGUACAUAUACAUAAAUUCGAACCUUUGUAUAUGAUUGUUUUGUGUACAGGAUUUUAUGUGGUUUAUUUUGAGGUUUUAUCUUUCAAGUACAGGUUCCUAGUGUGUUUUACCAUAUCUAGCCAAAUAGUCAUUUAUAAAUGGUAUUAUCAUAACACUUGAAAAAGCUUUCAUCAUUUUUAAUAUUUGUCUCCCCACUAUUUUUUAGAAGCAACUCAAAUUACAUAAUUAGAAUAUUAAUAGUUGAGUCCAUCUUAAUUUUUGAGUGAAAAUCCCAAGUGUAUGGAAAAGGACUUGAGUAAAUGAGCAUUUAGCUUCAUUCUUUAUAGGUUGAUUUUGGUUGCUAAUAUAUUCAGACUGGAUUAGCCAUUUGGAAAGAAUUCAAUGCUCCAUCAUUCUAAUAGCUAAAAUAGUAAAAAUCAACUCUAGUCAAAACUCUAAUGUAAAAAAGGGGGUGAUUGCAAUCACACAAUCCUAAACUGUGGAUCAGCAAUCACUGAAUCUUUUGGUGGAGGCAUAAUAUACUUUUUCUCUCAAAGUCAUGACCUUUAUAUUUUGUCAGCCUUCUAAUUAUGAACUAAAACAGCAAGCUGCCAAGUUGGUGAAGGUUAAUUAUUGCUCUAUGAAAUAUAUAUUCAUUGCAUUAAAGAUUUAAAUGGGAAGACAGGCCCAAAAUGUGAAAAUACAGUCAUGUAAAAUCUGGCUAAGAAGGAAGACGACUCAUUUUAUAUAGCCUGUGACUUGACUUCCAAAUUCUGACCUGAUGGACGAAAGUGAAGAUGAGGGGUGUGAGCAGAAGUGCACAUGCCAACACCACACGGGCAACAGAGACUCCCCACUGCCAGAUGGGUGAUCAUGGAGCUGCACUGGGACCAGGACUGUCCCGGUGAGUGUGAUGCAGAUGAACAUCCUGCCUAAGUCACUAGUUCUCUCCAAAGCCACAUAAGGUGGCUUUCUUCCCUUAGGUAUUUCCAGCCCUGUUGCUUUAUUUAACCUGCAGUCUCCACUAUAGUGGGUGCUUGACUCUCUCCCCUUGCCUUUUGGGCAGGCAGAGCAGGCAAGUGGGGAUUUGAAAGUUUGUUGCCUUAUUGCCUUGAAAGAAAUGAAAUCCAUGUGUCCACUCGGGGUCCCGGGGUUCCGUAACAGGCUAUGUGUGCCAAAGAGGAAGUGAAGCCAUUUGCCAAUAUGCUGCUACCUGUAACUCAAAUGUCUCAUAGGAAUGCCGCCAAGCAAAGCACACUACGAGGAAAAGUUAAAUCAUUCUUGAAUCUUGUCUCUGCAUCAAAAAGUCUGGGACAUAGACAGCUACAGGAUGCCUGAACUAUGGAGUCUAACUCAAAAGUCUCAGGCAUCACAUAAAAGGGUAUUCAGCUGUUGUCCUCAUGACAAAAGAAAGGGGCAAAAUCAAAUGCAUUUUAACUGUGGUAAGGAAUCCACUGACUGGAGGUUGGUUUGUUUCCUUUGGUGGGUGGUGGAGAGGAAUACCUCAUACCAACUCUAUCAUCUCACAGCAGAUAUAACUACAGAGAUUGGAAUAAAUAUUAAUUUGCCUGAAA